GUUUGAGCCUCUCUCACGUAAAGCAGAAGAUCUACGCAUGUAUGAAAUCAUGCCCCGUUCUCUCUCUCUUUCCAUCCUUCCCGACAAAUUCUCCCUUUCGAUUUGCCCAAUAAUACAGAUUCGCUCAUUAUUCCGGAUCAUAAUCAUCAAAUAAAAAAAAAUCGAAAUAUGAAUCCAGAAAGGAUUCAAAACGAAGGCCAGAUCAAUCCUGCCAGAUUUUCGAUCAAGGAUUCAGUUCGGUACAUGUUUGGAGAACAACGUCUGCUGUUUGUGCUUAUCGGAAUAACCAUUGUAGCUCUGAUAUCCAAUGUCGUCGUCAUUCCGUCGUCGUCGCAGUCUGAACCGAUCUCUGCAUCGUUUCAGGUUGCCGUAUCGACUUCCGUACCCCGUCGGAUAGCCUAUGAACUCCCUACACGCAAUUUCGAUCUCGUCAAUGCGGCGGGUGCGAGGAUUCCUCUUGGGUUGAAGUCGAAGAGUUUGAGGGUGUUAGUGACGGGUGGAUCAGGGUUCGUCGGAAGCCAUCUGGUGGAUCGACUGAUGGCGCGUGGGGAUAAUGUUAUCGUACUCGACAACUUCUUUACAGGCCGGAAAGACAACGUACUCCACCAUCUUAGGAACCCUAGGUUCGAGCUCAUUCGCCAUGAUGUGGUUGAACCCAUCUUGUUAGAAGUCGAUCAAAUCUAUCAUCUUGCUUGCCCCGCUUCCCCCGUACAUUACAAAUACAACCCCGUCAAAACAAUCAUAUCCUUCAUAACUUUAUUUUCUUCCAGAUUGAGAUAUCACAAGACAAAUGUGGUGGGAACGUUGAACAUGUUAGGACUCGCAAAGAGGAUCAAUGCACGAUUCUUGUUAACGAGUACAAGCGAGGUCUAUGGCGAUCCCCUUGAACACCCUCAAGUCGAGACCUAUUGGGGCAACGUUAACCCCAUUGGUGUUAGGAGCUGUUACGACGAAGGAAAGCGUGUUGCAGAGACCCUCACCAUGGAUUAUCAUAGAGGGCUUAACACCGAGGUUAGGAUUGCUAGAAUUUUCAACACUUAUGGACCACGGAUGUGCCUUGACGACGGACGUGUUGUCAGCAAUUUCGUCGCUCAGGCCUUGAGGAAACAACCGUUGACUGUUUAUGGAGAUGGAAUGCAAACAAGGAGCUUCCAAUACGUGUCCGACUUGGUAGAUGGAUUAAUGAGGCUAAUGGAAGGAGAACAUGUUGGACCUUUUAAUCUCGGAAACCCUGGUGAAUUCACCAUGCUUGAACUCGCCAAGGUGGUGCAAGAUACGAUAGACCCAAAUGCAAAGAUAGAGUUCAGGCCAAAUACAGAAGAUGAUCCACACAAGAGGAAGCCAGACAUUUCCAGAGCUAAAGAGCUUCUUGGGUGGCAGCCGUCAGUGACACUCCGGGAAGGACUUCCUCUGAUGGUGUCGGAUUUCCGACAACGCAUCUUUGGCGACCUCAAAGAAGGUGGUAGCAGUAUGAGUACGUUUUAA